AUGGGAGACAACCCAAGCGAGCCAUCAACUUCUCUCAGCCAUUCCGCGUGUUCAAUAGGACCCUCAGUUGGAAGUGAGGAAACAAGCUCAUGGCAAGAUGGAAAGGUUAAGCGCCACAACGGGAGUAUAGAACCCCAGACGACUCCGGUGGAUCUUCUGAGACCUUCAGCUGACAAGGCUACCGGAAACAGAAAAAAUGAACCCCUUGAUCGUCAGCACUGCGUAGUCGUCCAGGGUCUAUCGGAGUCGGAUGCUCCUACCGCGAAGGAGAGGAUCUCCGCUGACCUUAAUAUGCUUCAACACCUACUGAACGAAAUGCUUAAUUCGAAUGAAAAGAUAACCAUUCGCGCAGCCUUCAGGAUCGGAAAGAAGGUGAGCGAACAAUCAGAAACUGUGCGGCCACGACCUCUGAAAAUUGUUUUGAACAGUAAAGAGGAAGCUAGCUUACUUCUGUCCAGGAAAAGCAGCCUCCGAAACUUUCACAAGGAAGUUUUUUUUCAGCCGGACUAUUCUCCAGCGGAACGUCUGAAACGCCGCGAAUUGGUAACGGAGUUGAAGAGGAGACUUGCAGCGGGAGAGAGCAACUUGGCCAUUUUCAGGGGACGAGUAAUACAGAGGAACGCGAUGUUGUUUCGGAACCAGCCAGUCAUCAUGAUGGCGGCAGCAACAUAAUAUUGGCAAACCCGAGACAAACCGAACGAAGCACUGUCGAAUGUUGCAAACUAAAAUUCUUUUACACCAAUGCUCAGAGUCUGUUUUCCAAGCUUGACGAACUGAGAAUCCAGGUAGCCGAUACUCUUCCCGAUGUUAUAGCAAUAACAGAAACGUGGCUGUCAGAGGACGUUGGCGAUUGCGAGGUAGCAUUAACAGGAUACCAUUUGUUUAGGAGAGACAGGAGAGGCCGCCGGGGUAGAGGAGUUGCCAUGUAUGUCAAGAGCAACUUAGCAGUGUGUGAGAGGACCGACAAGAUUUCUAACGACACAGAGGCAAUUUGGCUGACUAUAAAGGCGCGGGGAUCUCAGUCCCUCGAAGUCUUAACUAUCUACCGGCCCCCGCAGGCGGAUCCCGACCCAGAUACUUGUCUACUGAAAAGCAUAAAAGAGAUCGCCAGCCGACCGGACGUUGUUAUCAUGGGGGAUUUUAAUGCACCAUGCAUUCAAUGGAGUGAUAUGCAUGCGAAAUGCUCGACGAAUACCUUCGAUUACCAUAUACUAAAGACAACUCUAGAAGCUCUACUCACGCAACAUGUCCUGUUUCCAACUAGAGCUCGUGGAGGACAACAGGCCAGUUGUCUGGACCUCGUUUUUACCAAAGAUCCUGACAGUAUAGACGAGGUGUACUACCUACCCCCCCCCCCCCCGGUCGAAGUGAUCAUGCAGUGCUUUUAUGCGAGUACUUGCUGUAUUCUGAACCGUGUACAAAAGACAAUACGAGGCCAAAUAUAUGGAAAGGGGACUUUCGCCAAAUGAGAGCUGAGGCAUCACAAAUAGACUGGGAUGUUCUCUUCUCCGGAAACGUUAACGAGGACUGGAAUUUAUUCAAGGAUCGUUUACUGCAUCUAAUGAAGAACCACUGUCCCUUAUCAAAGCCUAGGAUAUCCAACCGCCCUCAGUGGCUUACACGAGAACUCAAAAGGGAGAUCAACAAGAAAGGUAGGUUUUGGAAAAAAGUUCGCGAGAACGACAAUAAUGCAGCGUUUACAGAAUACAAAAUUCAAAGAAAUAAGGUGAAAAGUCUGAUUUUCAGGAGGCGACGGGAUUUUGAGAGUAAUUUGCUCCACCAAGCCGUUAAAAAUCCGAAAUUGCUCUACAGCUAUUUGCGGAAAAGCACACGUAACAGGAAUCCCAUUCCUGUUAUGAGGGUUGAUGACGGCUUGGAGAUAUCGGACAGUACAAAUAAGGCUGAGCACUUUUCUCAAUUUUUCCGAUCCGUUUUCACAAGAGAAGCGGACUUUACCCCAUCUAAUUCUGAGAACAUGAGAGAUCCAACUAUCGAAAAUAUUGUGUUUCGAGAAGAAGCGAUUUUGGAAGAACUGAAAAGCUUGAAGGAAUGUAAAUCUCCCGGUCCGGACGAGAUUCCAGCAAAGCUGCUCUUUGAGCUUGCCCAACAGCUGGCCAAGCCACUAUCCUUUCUGUGCCAAAAAUCGUUUCAUGCUGGAAUUCUUCCCACAGACUGGAAGACGGCCCACAUUACACCCCUUUACAAAAGCGGUAGUCGUGCUCUGGCGACAAACUACAGACCCGUCAGUCUGAAAUCAAUUUGCUGGAAAGUGAUAGAGGAAAUCAUCAAAAAGGAGUUGAUGGCUUACUUGGAAACCCACAACCUCUUGUCCAAUACACAAUAUGGUUUCCGUAGGGGAAGAUCAUGUGUUACGAACUUGCUAUACACAAUGCAAAGUUGGACACGAGCACUGGACGCAAAACACACCGUGCAUGUUGCCUAUAUUGAUUUUCGGAAGGCGUUUGACCGUGUUCCGCACCAGCGUCUCCUACACAAGUUGAGAAUUAUGGGCAUCGGUGGCAAACUUCUCAAAUGGAUCGAAAAUUUCCUUGUCGGCCGCUCCCAAAUUGUCUGCGUAGAACAACAGCAAUCAAUUCUCAAAUGGAUCGAAAAUUUCCUUGUCGGCCGCUCCCAAAUUGUCUGCGUAGAACAACAGCAAUCAAGGUGCACAUUCAUAGAGAGUGGGGUCCCACAAGGCUCGGUGCUCGGACCAACUCUCUUUCUCUUGUUCAUCAAUGAUUGCGUAGAUGGGUUGAACUGUGAUUGUGCCAUGUUUGCGGAUGACAUAAAAAUCUGGAAAGUCAUCCAAAAUGCUGCCGAUGAGACCAACUUCCAAGAAAAUCUUUGUCGGUUGGACGAGUGGUCCCGCAGAUGGCUCUUGUCCUUCAAUUUGAACAAAUGCACCAUUAUGCGCCUCGGAAAUCAGAGCCCUAGUACGCGGCAAUACCAUCUGAACGGAAUGCCACUCCGAGAAGCAGAAACUCAGAAAGAUCUCGGAGUUUGGGUUGCAGACACCCUAGAGCCUUCUACACAAUGCUGUAAGGCGGCCAAGGCCGCAACGUCAAUGCUUUAUGCCAUCAAGCGGGCAUUCGUAGUUUUCGAUGAAGACUGCUUCACCAAAGUCUUCGGCACGUUUAUAAGGCCCCAUCUCGAAUAUGCAAUUCAGGCCUGGAGACCGUGGACGCACCAGGAUUACGAUCUGCUCGAAAGGGUGCAGAGGCGAGCCACAAAAUUAGUAAGAGGUCAAAGUGCACUGCCAUACGAGAUCCGCUUAACUAACCUUAAUCUCUAUCCUCUGAGUUAUAGGCAGUUGCGCGGAGACAUGAUACAAACUUUCCGUAUCGUGCGCGGCUUGGAUUGUGCCCUUCGGUGCAAUGACUUUUUCCAACUCGCCACCACAACUCACCUCCGGGGACAUCCCUUCAAGCUGCGUGUGCCACAGGGUAGACUGAAUGUGAGAAAAUAUUUCUUCUCCAACCGUGUCGUGGAACCGCGGAAUAACCUGCCCGAGACGGUUGUUAUGUCUCAAUCUGUGGAGACAUUUAAAUGUCGCCUUGACAGAUAUAUGCUGCAGCAACAAGCGGACUAUGCGACUUUUUAACCAUGUGACUAGUGACAUCUGUGAAUCAAUGUAUGCAUUCACUUAAUGCUGUAAUUUCUUCACAUUUUUGCUUGUUUAUCGAUUUUUUAUGUACAAAUAGGGAGUUCAAAGGCGUAAGCCUAUUUCCCUCAAAUACACUGACUGACUGACUGAGUAUGCCAGUGCGUUAUUUACAACUGUACAGGUAUAAUGAAAACUGUCUCCAUAUGGUAGUGCUAAAAUGAUUUAGGUAGAACUUUUUGAAAGUUAGACUUUCAGCUCAGGUUUAAUUUGUCGAGGGGAGACAGGGGACACAAGUAAUCGUCGAAGCGUUUCUUAAAGAGCUGCAGACAUCCCUCCUCCACACUGAUUGAGGGAGACCGUAUCAUUUCCCCACUUUGUGUAAAAAAUUCACAACGAUGGUUAAGCCCGGACAUUCUUGUGCGUAGUUUCAUCGAUUGGCCACGAAGAUUGGGCGAGAGAUGCCACUGGAACAUGUUCUCAAAGCUAAGUCCAUGCUCAUGGCCAUGUAUUAUCACGUUACCCGGGAUAAGUUCACCUCUUUGCUGCCUGAAACACGGAGGGAAUAAAUUAGGACAGCUCAAUCCUUCUGUACGAGAUUGGUUUUUUAACCUAUUACCAGCUUUGUUGCACAGCAUUGUACCUUUUCGAGGCAUGAUUAGUUCUUUGCUAGCCAUGGCCAUCGCGUUGGCAUGCCACAUCCUAGAUGCGGUCGAACAAAGGGGCCGCAGACUCUCCCAAAAUGGUCUUUGUCAAAGUUACAAACGCCAUUUUGAUCGCAAACAUUGCCCAUGUGGCGGUCAAGGACGUAAGGUCAGAGGAAACCACACACAAUAAUUUCGUUUCGUCUAGUGUCAGAAGUCAAGGAGCUGUGAGGACCCAUUUAUUCUGUGCACAGGGCAGGAUGUCAGAAGUAGGCUGUUUGCCUGUGACUGAGCUAAGCGUCCGUUCACGGAGAGCUUCGGUCGCGUUGUGUUGUUUACGCGGGUGUGCAUGUCUCUGUUAGCAGGAGGGGAUGACUGGCUGAGUGUUGGUCAUGUGAUUGGACGGACUAGGGUAGGAAGGUCAAGGCGCGCAGCUCAAUUUCAAAGAUAAGUGAAGCUUUGCAUUUAUCUGGAUAUUUUUAAGCAAUUACUGCCUGCUUUUUACUUGAGUCCCUUUUAAAAGUCGCCUUUCAAUACAAGGUAUAAUUUUUCCCAGUUUUGCUUGACAGUCUGGCAAAAUAGUCGUAUUUUGUAAAAAAAACCUUUGUAAUGACUGCUUUCCCUACUAUCUCUUUCUAGUUUUCAUAGUUAAAUAACAGUAGCACUUGCUAUUUAGUGCGCUUUUCCGUACGUUGGCAACGUGUUGGUCCUUCUUCUGUAAAGAAGAACUUUUCUUGUCUGUAAUGUCCCGCAGAGCACGUGCUAAAAGGCGAAAGCUUGCAGCCUCCCCACCGUCUCUGGUUGCUAAAAUCGUGACUGAAGACAUCGCAGGUGCCAGCGUAUGUUCUUCGCCGUCUGCAGAUCUCAUUAACUCACAAAUCCCUUUAGUACAUGUAGAACCUCUUGACCCUUCAGUCGUCUAAAAUACGCCUCUGCUAGUCGUAGCAGGCCAUCAGCCGGCAAAAUAGUCGACCAGUUGAUUUAUGGCGACAUAAACAGCACUUCCGAAAGAGUAAUUGAACAAGCUUUUACACUUAUUGGGGUAAUAAGUUCGGAAACUAAGGAAAGAAUUAAACGCAAGCAUAAUUUCGUACUGCGAAACAUUCCAAGCCACUUAUCUGCUAUGGAGGGAGCGCAUUUGUUCCUACAAAGUUGUGGCUUGAGUUUCGGUGUCGCACAAGCUAAGCGACUUCGCUCACUUAGCCGUAAUGCACCGAUACUAGUUACCCUAUUCUCCAUGAUAGAAGUCGAUUUUAUCUUGUCGAGUAGGGAGAUAACUAGAGAAUUCUACCGUAAAUGGCGCUGCUCCGUUUCGCCAGACCUCACACCCCUGCAGCGAAGACUGAAUAAAUUAAAAUCGGCAAAAACCAACACCAAGAUAAUGACACCUACUGUCAGUCUGAAUAAGUCCUCUACAACACCAUCUGCGGCAUCUGCACAUCACGGCACAGUCAAUUCAGUAGGGAAUUCGACUACUUUUAAUGCUGAGCUCUAUAAACACACCAUCACGCCUGGUAUAAACACGCCUCUCUCGACUCCCCCAGCAACCCCUAGUAAGCCUAAGCAUGUGCCUAAGUCAAAGGCAAAACCAAUUGCUGUCUCAGCCACUCGGACACCCGAUAAAUCGAGCACCAUUAUAAAAUGUUUUCCUACACAAUCGGCUAACAGUGCCUCAAAUUCCCCGACUCAAAACGUAGCGUUUUUCCAACUGUCCCGCAGCCCUCAUAUCGAAGCAGUUAGACCGAAUAUGCCGAUUUUCCCGCCGUUGAAUAAAACUCUUGCUCCAUUGAAAACAAUGCGUCCCCCACUCCCUAACUUGUUUCCACCACGACCGUUCUACCAAUGUAUUCAUCAUGAUAAUGUCUAUACUGGAUCAGUUAACUCGUCUAAUCCUCAGUUUCGUUCCGGCAGGAAUGUGUUGCGGUAUCUGCCCCGCGGAUUUUCGGCUGAAAAUAAGUUAGCUAACAAUGGUAACCAGCUUACCUGCCCGUCAUUCCCUCCCCCAAGUCCUACCCCUUUUUAUCCGCGUCAGAAUAUUUCGAUGCCACAAAAUUUUUUGCAGAACCGGAUGGUUGCAUCCGGACCGUUUGUUCCGUGGGCAGCCCAGAACUGGACGAUGUAGCCCGUCUCCCUCAGAAACUAACAGCCUUUACCUUCAAACUUUUUGUUUUAAAUGCCAGAUCCUUGCUUAAUAAGAUGCCUUUGCUUCAGACUCUGGUGUUCGUCCAUUGUCCAGAUAUUGUUUAAGUAACUGAGACGUGGGUAUCAGCCUCAGUAGCUGACUCCGAACUCUCGCUUCUAGGCUAUUAUUGCAUCCGAAAUGAUCGCCAAGAUAGCCGUGUUGGGGGCAGCUGCGUCUACGUGAAACAAACACUUAAAUUUUUGCCGUUGGACCUCCUGCAUUUUUCCGCAGUAGAAGGCAGCUGCUGGCUCCAGGUUGCGCUAAAAAAUAAGUUCUCUUUACUCGUUGGCUGUGACUAUCGCCCUCCCAACGCCAACGACAAUUUCGAUCGUUUACUCUCACAGACAUUUCAUGCCGCGGCCAACUCAAGCAUUAAGUAUCAAUUAGUUGCGGGUGACUUUAAUCUCCCCAAAGUCCGCUGGUCUCCGCCCUCAGGCCCCAGAAUGUUCAAGGACUUUCUUGAGGCUGUGGAUGUUGGGAUGUGGACUCAGGUUGUCGAUUUUCCCACCCGAGGAUCAAGUUUACUGGACUUAAUUUUCUGUAGAGGCUGUUUGCCGUCGUCAGUGUCAUCCCUAGGCCCACUCGGGGGCUCAGACCAUGACAUAGUUGUUCAACGUUGGAAUUCGAGGCUGACAAAACGUCUUCCCCAAAGUAAAACUUCUUCCGCGAUUUUCGAUCAACUCUCUCAACCGAAUUAUUAUCACAUCUUAAUUCCUACGACUGGACUGAUUUCUUCCUUAGUUCAGAUGUAAAUGUUUGCACUGCAAAUCUGUGCCAAAUUUUGGAUCCGCUUAUUUCUCGUUUUGUCCCCCGUAAGAAAAGUAUUAAUGUUGGGGAUGAGAUUUUCCUGCCCUUACCCUUUAGUCGCAGAUUGCGCAGGCUUUAUCGUCGUUUCCAUCGUCAGAACGAUGUUUCUGUUCUGCCCUUCAUUUGUGAUAUUCCUGAUCGAGCUAAGAGAUUGUCUGAAGAAAAGCAGCUAGCCAAAGAGGUCCAGUUUACCGAAAACCAUUCGUUAAAUGUCUCGAAACUUUUCUCUAGAAAAAUACGAACUCACCGAAAGACGCAACAUCCAAUCCUCCGAGACGCUCUCGGAAAUCCCAUAGUUGAUGCCCAGUUAACCGCUGAUAGCUUCAAUGAUUUCUUGUCCAAAACGUUCAUUGAAGACUCGACCACUCCGCUUCCGACCAUCCAGCCAUUGACCGGGGCAGUUCUAGAACAUUUAACUCUCACUCUGUGGGAUGUAACUGUUGCGAUUCGGCGUUUUCGUCAAUCUUAUAGUCCAGGCCCUGAUGGUGUCCCAGUAAGCAUUUUAAAAGCCGAUGCAAACACGAUCUUCCCAUCCCUCUUAUGCAAGAUAUUUAAUCUUGCUCUUGAAACUGAAACCCAUCCUACCUUGUGGAAGGAAUCACACAUUUUGCCCAUCCCUAACCACGGCAAAUCUACAUCAUUUGCUAACUUUUUGGCAAAUAGACACCCUCCCCGCAGUUUCGAAGAUCUUAGAGACAUUGAUAAAGGAUAAGAGGAUGUGUCACUUAACAGUGAAUAAUCUACCGAGUGCUGCUCAGCAUGGACUUCUCAAAGCUCGAUCUUGUGACACCUGUCAACUCUCUUUCUUUGACUAUGUUCUCCAAUCUAGGGACAAUGGUUUUGCACUUUACACAGUAUAUUUCGAUUCCACUUAGGCUUUUGAUCGUGUUGACCAUGCUCUUCUUCUCUUGAAACUGUCCUCUUUCGGAAUAGGUGGCAAACUUUUGAAUUUUAUAUCCUCUUACCUGGGCACUCGUACACAACGAGUCAAGAUUUCCAAUAUUAUCUCCAACCCCACACGGGUCAUUUAGGGUAAUGUACUCGGCCCGCAUUCAUUUUGCCUUUUCGUUAAUGAUGUACCCGAUUUAUUUCAGAAUGGUAAGCCUUUCAUGUAUGCCGAUGAUCUUACAGCUGCAUAUCGAUUUAAGCCGGCAGAUCGUGACAUAGUGCUUGAGCUCCUAAAGAGCGACCUACAGGCUUUCGCCCAGUGGUGCCGCACAUGGCGCCUUUCUCUUUCUUGGCAUAAGUGUUCAGUCAUGGUGGUUGGCGACGACCGCCAACCUUACCAAAGCAUUGAAGGUCACGCCAUGAAUGUGCCUGGGGUUAUAGAAUAGAAUAGAUUUAUUAUAGCGCCCCUUGGGCACUGUCAGUCCCCUUUGAACUCAGGAAAAAAACCUAAAACAGACUCGUCAAUUUCAACUGCACUUUGACUUCGUUUGCUUCGUGUGUCUGGUUAGCCAAAAGAGCUCGAAUUGAGAGUUUGUUUUAAGUUAAAAAAACCUCAGUUCUAAGGGAAGAUGAUGACAAAAUUUUCAAAAGAUAACGAUAUGUACAAUAUAAAAAUUGAAGUUUGGUAGUUUUCGGGGGCAUGAAUAAUAUGUCCUUCAAGGCAAUUGAAGAACUUUGAUAUCGGCCUGACCUUGAAAUAAUUUUCCUGUUGGGUAAAUUUCGGUGUGCUCUAGUUGCUGGUUGUCAGUCUAUCUGGCCAGCUGAAAGGGGGCGGUCGCACAGUUCCUACGUGUUUUUUAGGAGGCUUACCAUCGUUGUCUAGACUAAGAGCUGGAAAAGAUGAAUAUAUAUCAGGAGUAAGACGCAUUCAAUGGUAAGUCACAAUCAAAACUGUCAAAAUACUAUUGAAUCAUGUAUCGUAUUGUUCUUGUUAAUGUGAAAUUAUAGGAGUAAUGGUCGACUGUUUACUAUGACCUAAUAUAGUUGUAUAUGGGGUGUAGGGGUGUCAGCGGUGGGUUUACGUAAUGGUCGUAGUGGUCGCUCACUUGCUUGCAGGUGAGACUGCGCCUAGCGUCCACUUGCUGACACUCGACUCUCACCUGUGGCUCCACGUAGCUGGACUCUGCUCAGCGGCCACACCCCGGGCAUCCGUCUCGACCGGCGGGCUAAACCAGGUGAGGGGGCCCUGUGCGCUGUGCCGUGUGCACAGGGUUUGCGGAUUCCGCUGGAUGGCAGGUCGGAUGGAACCUUGCGUCGGCACCGUCGUGACGUGGUUCGUCUCUGCACGCCGCUGGACAGCCGGUGAUGGGAUGGAUCUCCACAUCGACAUUGCUUUGACGCGCCCACCUACGCCGUCGGAGACCGCGGCUUACGGCGAAUUCGAGUCGCUCUCCACUACAACCCGAAGUCGUGGUCCCAUAGUGGAGUUCGGCCGUGCCAAAACGGCACAUGGCAGCCCUAUUCAGGGAUGGCACUGCCAGCCCCCACGGGGGGAAGGGCCUAGAAAAGGGGGCCUAAACAUUGCUGGGUGCCACGCCGUCUCCAGGCUAGCCAGGGCUGCAAACGUCUUAUCAUGGUCUACACAAUCAAAAUCGAAACAACAACAAUACCAAUAACAACAACAACAACAACAACAACAACCAUACUCAUUCUCCUCAUCCUACCUCUUCUUCCUCUUCCUCUGCCUAUUCUUCUCCUUCGUCACCUUCUUCUCCAUCUCCUUCCCGUCGCCCCACUCGCUGUCACCAGACUGGCAGGGUGAGCCCGCUCACUCUGGCAGCCUGGAAUGUUCGUUCCCUUUUAGACAAUCCGAGGAGCAACCGACCGGAACGCAGAAGAACACUAGUGGCUCGGGAACUGGCGCGCUACAAGGUGGACAUCGUCGCACUCAGCGAGACCCGAUUCUCCGAACAAGGCCAACUGGAGGAGGUGGGUGCCGGCUACACCUUCUUUUGGAGCGGUCGACCCAGGGCAGAGCGACGGGACGCGGGUGUCGCCUUCGCCAUUCGGAACGACAUCGUGGGACGACUGCCCUGUAUGCCGCAGGGCAUCAACGAUCGCCUGAUGAGUCUCCGCCUGCCUCUCUGGGGAGGCAAAUUCGCCACCAUCAUCAGCGCCUACGCUCCGACGAUGACCAACCCCGACGCCGUCAGAGACAAAUUCUACGAGGACCUGCACGCCCUCUUGGUGACUGUGUCGAAGGCGGACAAGUUGAUUGUCCUUGGUGACUUCAACGCCCGCGUCGGCACAGACCAUACUGCCUGGAGAUGAGUGCUGGGUCCCCACGGUCUCCGCGGCUCAAACGACAAUGGUCUGCUGCUUCUCCGCACCUGCGCAGAACACCGUCUCAUCCUGACGAACACCUUCUUCUGUCUGCCGGAGCGAGAGAAGGCCACCUGGAGGCAUCCUCGAUCGCGUCAGUGGCACCUGCUGGACUACGUCCUCGUCCGGAGGCGAGAUCAGCGGGACGUGCUGGUGACGAAGGCGAUCGCGGGUGCUGACGGGUGGACCGACCAUCGCCUCGUCAUCUCGAAGAUGCGUCUUCGUCUACAGCCUCGCAGGAGACCACAAGGUAAGCGACCCCCAAGUAAGCUGAAUGUUUCCUUGUUGUCUUUGCCCGGUCACCAUCUUCUUUUCAGCAAUGAGCUAGCCCAAAGGCUAGACAACCUUCCUAUCGCUGCCGACGCCGCCGCUGCCGAGAACGCCUCCGUGGAGAACCGCUGGUGUCAACUGCGAGACACGGUCCAGUCGACGGCGCUCGCCGUCCUCGGUCGCGCUCCCCGCCAACACCAGGACUGGUUCGACGACAACGACGCCGCCAUCAGAAAUCUGCUAGCUGAGAAGGACCGCCUACACAAAGUCUACGUAGAUCACCCCACUGAUGCCACCAAAGCUGCCUUCUACCGCAGCCGCCGCCAACUGCAGCAACGACUGCGCGAGAUGCAGGACGCCUGGACCGCUCGCAAAGCUGAGGAGAUCUAA